CCUACCAGUCAAGAGCAACAAGUCUUUGCACAACGUCUCUGCGGUUGGUGCUGGAGUUGUGCUCUAUUGUCUAGAUCGAAUCAGCGCUAUCUUUCCAUGCGCUCAGAGGUCAUCGCGUUUCUACACCAACAUUUCCUCCCUGUGUCGCAUACAUCGCGGACGUCUCGUCCAUCUCCAAAGCAGCUCUUCGCGGUUGAACAACAAUGACAGACGCACAAGGCUCUCCGCCGGAGCUCACUCUCCUGAAGACUUUACACCACCCUUCAUCUGGUCCACAACGGACAUGGCAGUCGACUCCCCACCCAGAUCCAUCUAUACCUCUUCUCGCGACCGCCUCCGCCGAUAAAACCGUCAAUGUAUGGAGUUUACGAAAUUAUAGUCUCGUCUCCACGAUAACUGGUGGGCACAAGAGGAGCGUUCGCGCCGUGGCAUGGAAAGACUACGGACGGGCAAAAGGUGCGCGAAAGAAUAGAAAUCCCGUCGUCCUUGGGACUGGCAGUUUCGAUGCGAAUGUGGGAGUUUGGGUAUGGAACGACAGUCGACGGACGCAGCAGUUGACGGGAGCGGACCAAGAGCAGCGGCAGGGCGAGAGCGAUAGCAACGAAAUCGACAUCACAAGAGAAGCGGACGGCGAAGAUGACGAGGAAUGGCACUUUUCUACACUAUUGACUGGCCCGGACUCAGAGAUCAAAUCGAUUGAGUUCUCGCCUCCUCACUACUCUGCGAACCUGUUGGCGACUAGUUCGCGAGAUAAAAGUGUUUGGGUGUGGGAGGAAGUUGAACCCGAGGAGUGGGAGACGAUCGCUGUGCUGAGCGAGCAUACUGGCGAUGUCAAGUGCGUGAGUUGGUGUGCUGGUGCUCCUAGAAGAAAGAGUAAGAGGCGGAAGGUCGAAACCGGUGACAACAACGGUGAUGUCGAUAUGGAGAAUGGCCCGCAGAGUAAUGGUGCGUCCGCGGGAGAUGAUGACGAGGAAGCGCAGAUUGUUGGGUCGCGCGAUGUCCUGGCGAGCGGGUCGUACGACGAUACGAUUCGGCUGUGGCGCGAUGUCGAGGAAGAGGGUGAUUGGAUCUGCGUGGGUGUGAUUGAUUCACAUAAUGGUACGGUGUGGGAUGUCAAGUGGGAAGGGUAUAUCAAUUACUCGGCCCUUGAUUCUGCAGCUCAAGGAGAAGCGGUGGCCGACUUCGAAGCAGACUUCAACCCUAGGCUUCUUUCGUGCUCCGACGAUUUGAGUGUGCGUGUGUGGCGGCGGGAACUCAGUGAGGAGGAGAAAGCCAAACGGACGCAGGGGAGACGACCUGCAACGGCGGCACCGACCGGGUUUGCCAGUUCGAGAUUGCCUAGUGUUAUCAGGCCGCCCAGUAGUAUGGAGACGUGGGUGCUGGACUCGGUGUUGCCGGAAGUGCAUGUGCGAAGCGUGUACGCUGUCGAUUGGUCGAGGCGGACUGGAUUGGUCGUGUCGUGUGGUGGUGAUGGGACGAUUGCUGUGUAUAAAGAGGUUGUUGCGGAAAAGAGUGAUGAUGUGGAUAUGAAUGGUACGAGUGCGGCUGCGGAAGACACUGUGCAGACGUAUAAGACGCACAAGAUGAAGUGGGUUGUUGUAGCGCAGAUUGAGGCGGCGCAUGAUGAGUUUGAGGUCAAUCAUGUUUGUUGGGGGGAGAGGAGGGAUCGAGAGAAGCGGUUUGAAGGUGAAGAGGUCAUUGUUUCGACGGGGGAUGAGGGCGAUGUUAGGAUAUGGACUUUGCCUGACGGAAUCGUAGGGGAAUGAGAUGCGUCUGCUCUAAGCCGGGGAGGAGCUUAUCUCGAUGAAAUAGGGAUGUGGGCUGUUUGAUAUCGUGAUUCAGGGAAUGGUAGAGCAUCCCAAAGAAGAGUAGAUGAAUGACAAGACAGCUUGUUGGUACUGUA